AUGGAAGAACCAAAUCAUAUCUACCAGUUCUCUCUGUUAAAUGCCUUGAUGGAUGGUGUAUCCGCUUCCGGCAUUCCAGUUUCGAAAUUCCUUUCAAAGGGCAAUCAAGGCCUAGGAACUUUUGUGUUGAUGGACGGUGAACUGUUGUCUUUGGACGGAGUGGUAUAUCAACUCCAGUCUGAGGGAAGAGUAAGAGAGGCGGGAAACGAUGAACAAAUUCCAUUUGGUGUGACAACAAAUUUUGUUGCUGAAAAGACCGAGACUGUCAAGUUGGAAAAUAAAGUGGCGAUUGAUAAAAUAUUAGACACAAAUCUACCGCCAUCUGCCAAUCUAUUCGUCACUUACCGCAUCACCGGUACUUUUACUCAUAUCAAAGCGCGUACCGUUAAAGGUCAAGAGUAUCCCGGACAACCUCUCUCCGAAUUAGGUGACUCCCAGUUCGUGUCCACAUACGACAACAUAUCUGGUACGGUGAUAGGUUUCCGUUCUCCAAAAGCAUUCCAAGGAUUAGCAGUGGCUGGAGAGCACUUGCACUUCAUAUCGGAGGAUCGGAAGGUGGGAGGACAUGUGUUGGAGAUCUCAGGGGAGAAUCUUAAGAUGGGAAUGGCGAGGGUGAAGGAUGUACAUGUCGAGUUACCAACUGGAAAGGAUUUCAACGAAGCCACUCUAGUCAGUGAUGAUGCAGGAAUCAAAAAAGUUGAGGGCUGA